GCCCCACUACACACACUAUUUGCCCCACUACACACAUUAUUUGCCCCACUACACACACUAUUUGCCCCACUACACACACUAUUUGCCCCACUACACACAAACAUAGUUGGACUGCCCCUCCACAUUCACAUCAUUUCUGCACUCCUACCCCCCAGCUCCUCACAUUGCCCCCCAGCAGUACCCCAUUCUCCCUAAGCACCCCCACAAUUGACACUGUUACCCUAAUGCUGCAUUAGGCACCCUAAAUAUCUGGGGUAACCCUACAUUUCACCCACCCAGCCCCAUUUUGUUUUACUCCGUGACCCCCCCAAACUGACAGCUGGUUACACUCCAUAUCGCCCCCCAAUACCCCUGUAUAUAAGUGUACCCCCAUUUAUUACUUUCCCUGCCGCCAUCACUGCCAGAAGCCCCCGGUUGGUUUAGUUACCCUUUAGCGCAGAAGCGCCCCCUGUCCCCCAAGCCCAACUCUGAAGCCCCUUCCUGCAUAACCGCCUCUAUUGCCCCAAGGAGCAACAUGGAGCCGAAACCAAAGGGCAAGUUGCUGAUCACCACCGGACUGGAUGCCAAGGAUGAGCUGGAAGAGAGGCUGGAGCGCUGCAUGGCGCUGGUGAACUCCAUGACCAAUGGCAUGUCCGAGCGCGAGGCCAACGACGCCCUCAAUGCUUACGUGUGCAAGGGGGCCACCCAGCACGAGGAGGUGUGCCUCGGUCUCUUCGCCUUGGUACUGACUGAGCCGGCCCAAGUGCAAAAGAGCUACCGGGACUUGGCGUUCAUCAGCCGGGAUGGCAUGAACAUCGUUCUGAAUAAAAUAAACCAGCUGCUCAUGGAGAAGUACCUGAAGCUGCAGGACACGUGUCGGACACAGCUGGUGUGGCUGGUGCGGGAGCUGGUGAAAAGCGGUGUUUUGGGCGCAGACGGCGUGUGUAUGACCUUCAUGAAGCAGAUAGCGGGGGGCGAUAUAUCCGCCAAGAAUAUCUGGUUGGCUGAGAACGUGCUGGAUAUUCUGAUGGAGCAGAGGGAAUGGGUGAUGAAGAGCAGCAUCCUGAUAGCCAUGUCGGUGUACACCUACCUGCGCCUUAUUGUAGACCACCAUGGGACCCCCCCGUUGCAGGCCCUGAGACAGAAAGAAGUGGAAUUCUGCAUGAUGCUGCUGAGGGAGCGGUUUAUGGACUGCUUCAUGAUUGGACGAGACCUGGUCCGACUCCUUCAGAACGUCGCCCGCAUCCCCGAGUUUGACCUGCUCUGGAAGGACAUGCUACAUAACCCCCAGGCGCUGAACCCCCAAUUCACAGGAAUCCUGCAGCUCUUGCAGUCUCGUACCUCCCGCAAGUUCCUGGCGUGCCGUCUCACCCCCGAUAUGGAGACCAAACUGCUGUUCAUGACCUCGCGGGUGCGGUUUGGGCAGCAGAAGAGAUAUCAGGACUGGUUCCAGCGCCAGUACCUCUCUACGCCCGACAGCCAGUCCUUGCGCUGCGACCUGAUUCGCUAUAUCUGCGGGGUGGUGCAUCCCUCCAAUGAGGUGCUGAGUUCUGACAUCCUGCCCCGCUGGGCCAUCAUUGGCUGGCUGCUGACCACUUGCACGUCCAACGUGGCCGCCUCUAAUGCCAAGCUGGCCCUGUUCUACGAUUGGCUCUUCUUCAGCCCAGAGAAGGACAGCAUUAUGAAUAUCGAGCCGGCCAUUCUGGUCAUGCAUCACUCCAUGAAGCCCCAUCCGGCCAUAACGGCGACCCUGCUGGACUUCAUGUGCCGGAUUAUCCCCAACUUCUACCCAACCCUGGAAGGGAACGUCAGACAAGGGGUGUUUAGCUCCCUGACCCACAUCAUGGAGAAGCGGGUGCUUGCGCACUUGGCACCCCUCUUCCAUAACCCCAAACUGGACAAGGAGUUGCGCUCCAUGCUCCGAGAGAAAUUCCCAGAAUUCUGCGCUCUCCCAUCUCCGGCUUCAGAAAUCAAAACAGAGGAGCCGACCUCCAUGGAAAUGGAAAACAACAUGGCGGAUAAGGAGGACAGUUGCUAUGACAACGCCGAAGCUGCGUUCAGCGAUGAUGACGAGGAAGUAAAUAACAAAACUAACGAAACCGGAAAGAAGAGGGAGUUCCGCUUCCACCCAAUCAAGGAGCCAAUCAUCGAGGAGCCGGUGGACAUCUCGCCGUACGUGGAUCAGCUGGACGAGCAGCUCAAGGACAAGGUGGUGGCUCUGCAGAAGGAGAGCGACAUGGAGGCUCAGUGUGAAAUCAUGCAGGAGAUCGUGGAGCAGAUCCUCGAGGACGACUUUGAUACGGAGCAGUCCGCGGUGGUUGCUUCCUGCCUCCAGGAGCUAUUUAAGGCCCAUUUCCGAGGGGAAGUUCUUCCGGAGGAGAUCACAGAGGAGUCUCUGGAGGAGUCUGUGGGAAAGCCCCUCUACCUCAUAUUCAGGAACCUGAUCCAGAUGCAGGAGGAUAACAGCGGCUUUUCUAUCCUGCUCGACCUGCUGUCGGAGCUCUACCAGAGGCAGCCCAAGAUUGGCUACCACCUGCUGUACUACCUGAAGGCCAGUAAGGCCGCAUCGGGGAAGAUGAACCUGUACGAAUCGUUUGCUCAGGCCACGCAGCUCGGGGAUCUACACACCUGCCUGAUGAUGGACAUGAAGGCCUGCCAGGAGGAUGAUGUGCGGCUGCUCUGCUACCUGACCCCCUCCAUCUACAGUGAGUUCCCAGAUGAGACGCUGCGGAGCGGGGAGCUGCUCAAUAUGAUUGUGGCUGUGAUAGACUCCGCACAGCUGCAGGAGCUGGUGUGCCACGUCAUGAUGGGAAACCUGGUGAUGUUCCGCAAGGAUUCUGUGCUGAAUAUUCUGAUUCAGAGCCUGGAUUGGGAGACAUUUGAGCAGUACUGCACGUGGCAGCUGUUCCUGGCGCACAACAUCCCCCUGGAGACCAUCAUCCCCAUCCUGCAGCACCUCAAGUACAAAGAACACCCCGAGGCUCUUUCCUGCCUACUCCUGCAGCUGCGCCGUGAGAAGCCCAGUGAAGAGAUGGUGAAGAUGGUACUGAGCCGGCCGUGCCACCCCGAGGACCAGUUCACUACCAGUAUCCUGCGCCACUGGGGCCUCAAGUACGACGACCACUUGGCCGAGAACAUCAAGUCUCUGCUCAUCAAGAACAACAGCCUCCCCCGCAAGCGCCAGAGCCUCAGGAGUUCCAGCAGCAAAUUGGCCCAACUGACUCUGGAGCAGAUCCUGGAACAUCUGGACGGUCUGCGGCUCAACCUGUCCAACACCAAACAGAACUGUGAGUACCGAGGGGCCCACCUAGCAGUUUUCAGCCAAACGCCGAUCCUACAGGCCCUCCAGCACGUGCAGGCCAGCUGUGACGAGGCCCACAAGAUGAAGUUCAGUGACCUAUUUGCCCUGGCAGAAGAGUAUGAGGACUCUACAAAGCCCCCAAAGAGCCGGCGGAAAGGCCCAAUGACAAGCCCCCGCAGCAGGAAAAACACAGCCCAGCCCCUCAACACAGAGGAGGAGUCGGCUUCCAGCAGCGCGUCGGAAGAGGAGGACACAAAGCCAAAGCCAACGAAGAGGAAGCGCAAAGGAUCCUCCGCUGUGGGGUCCGACAGCGACUGACCAAUCGCAAGGCCUGUGUGUUGCACCAAUGGGACUGCACCGUAAGACUGAGCAAGAAUGGGGGCCCCACUGGGCCGGCAGCCAUCUUGUGCGUCUCGUGCCAUGAACCUGGGGGAGUUGGACCAUCGCCUGGGAGCCAUGUUGCCACUUUCAGGCACGGAGAAAGGAUUUUUGGCCACUAGCCGUGCCCUCCCUGUAUGUGGGGUACCGACUAGCCGGGGACACAGCCCCCCCCCCCCCCAUUCCUACCCAACCUGGGGGGGGCGGGGAGAGUAAAAAGACCCUACGCAGACAUUAAAGGUUCCUAUUUUCGUACAGGAUUGUAAAUAAGUUCCUCGUGGGCGGGACUUGCCGCGUUCCGCUCCUGCAAUGAUGGGUUUGGUUUUUUUUUUUUUUUUAAAAAGAAAGAAAUAUUUUAAAACACAAUAAAACUUUUGACUGAUUGGUCGCUGUUCUGA